AUGUCUUCAAUUGAUCAAAAAGCUGUCAGCACUAUCAGAUUAUUAGCUGUUGAUGCCGUUGCCGCUGCCAACUCCGGUCAUCCAGGUGCUCCAUUAGGUUUAGCUCCUGCUGCCCAUGUUCUUUGGUCUAACAUGAAAUUCAACCCAAGAGACACCAAAUGGAUUAACAGAGAUAGAUUUGUUUUAUCUAACGGUCACGCUUGUGCUUUAUUAUACUCCUUAUUAGUCCUUUUCAAAUACGACUUAACCGUCGAAGACUUGAAGCAAUUCAGACAAUUAGGUUCCAAGACCCCAGGUCAUCCAGAAGUCUUAGAUGUUCCAGGUGUUGAAGUUACCACUGGUCCAUUGGGUCAAGGUAUUGCUAACGGUGUUGGUUUAGCCAUUGCUCAAAAACAAUUCGCUGCUACUUACAACAAGCCAGAUAUUACCAUUUCUGACUCUUAUACCUACGUUUUCAUGGGUGAUGGUUGUUUGAUGGAAGGUGUUUCCGGUGAAGCUUCUUCUUUAGCUGGUCACUUGAAAUUAAACAACUUGAUUGCUUUCUGGGAUGACAACAAGAUCUCCAUUGAUGGUGAUACCGAAGUUUCUUUCGAUGAAGAUGUCGUUGCUAGAUACAGAGCUUACGGUUGGAACAUUGUUGAAGUUGCUGAUGCUAACACUGACUUACAAGCCAUUUCUAACGCUAUCGAAGAAGCUAAGAAAUGUCAAGACAAGCCAACUUUAAUCAGAUUAGUCACCACUAUUGGUUUCGGUUCUUUAGCUGCUGGUACACACGGUGUCCACGGUGCUCCAUUAAAGGCUGAUGAUAUCAAACAAUUAAAGGCCAAAUGGGGUUUCAACCCAGAAAAAAGCUUCGCUAUCCCAGAAGAAGUUGAACAAUUCUACGACUCUAAGAUUGCUGAAAACCAAAAGGUCUACAGACAAUGGCAAGCUACUUUCGAAUCUUACAAGCAAAAGUAUCCAAAGGAAGGUGCUGAACUCCAAAGAAGAUUAGAUGGUAAAUUACCAGAAGGUUGGAAGGAAGCUUUACCAAGAUUCACCCCACAAGACAAGGCUGUUGCCACCAGAAAGUUAUCCGAAGGUGUCAUUGAAGCCUUAUCUCCAAUCAUUCCAGAAUUCAUUGGUGGUUCUGCUGAUUUAACCCCAUCUAACUUAACCAGAGCUACUGGUGCUGUUGAUUUCCAACCUCCUUCUUCCGGUUUAGGUGACUACUCUGGUAGAUACAUCAGAUACGGUGUUAGAGAACACGGUAUGGGUGCCAUCAUGAACGGUAUUGCCGCUUUCGGUGCUAACUACAAGAACUACGGUGGUACUUUCUUAAACUUCGUUUCUUACGCUGCUGGUGCCGUCAGAUUAUCUGCUUUAUCUCACCACCCAAUCACUUGGGUUGCUACCCACGAUUCUAUUGGUUUAGGUGAAGAUGGUCCAACCCAUCAACCUAUUGAAACCUUAGCUCACUUCAGAGCUAUGCCAAAUGUUUCUGUUUGGAGACCAGCUGAUGGUAAUGAAACUUCUGCUGCUUACUUAUCUGCCAUUGAAUCUACUUCCCAUCCAACUAUUAUUGCUUUAACCAGACAAAACUUACCACAAUUAGAAGGUUCUUCUAUCGAAAAUGCUUCAAAGGGUGGUUACACUCUUAUCAAGCAAGAUAAACCAGAAGUUAUCAUUGUUGCUUCCGGUUCCGAAGUUUCUAUCUCUGUUGAAGCUGCUAAGAGAUUAGAAUCUGAAGGUGUUAAGGCUAAUGUUGUUUCUAUCCCAGAUUUCUUCACUUUCGACAAACAAUCCCUUGACUAUAAAUUAUCUGUCUUACCAGAUGGUGUCCCAAUCAUGUCUGUUGAAGUCAUGUCUACUUACGGUUGGUCUAAAUACUCCCAUGAACAAUUCGGUUUAAACAGAUUCGGUGCUUCCGGUAAGGCUCCAGAAAUUUACAAAUACUUCGAAUUCACUGCUGAAGGUGUUGCUGGCAGAGCUGCUAAGACUAUCGAAUUCUACAAGGGUAAGUCUGUCUUCUCUCCAUUAAACACUGCUUUCUAA